AUGGAACAACAGCUCUCCAAACCAGAAUGCAAAAACAUGGAUUCGUGUCUGAGGCGACUGAAGCAAGAACUGCUUUGUAUGAAAGAAGCCGGAGAUGGCCUCCACGCUCAGAUGAAUUCAAUGAUGGGAGCCCUACAGGAACUCAAGCUCCUUCAGGUUCAGACAGCGCUAGAAAACCUUGACGUUUCAGGUCGGGCCAUUAACCGAGGUCUCCCAAAUCCAGCGCCUCCUGAAGCAUCAUCUACAGCGGCUUCCUGCUUUAAUCAGACCAUGCACGAGGAGCCCCGGCCGAGCCUAAAGCCGAGUCCGAGGCCGAGUCCGAGGCCGAGUCCAAGGCCGUCUCUGGAGAGCAGAAACACCUUCAGCCAAGAUGACAGGAUCCUGUCUCGAAACAGAAGCAGCCUGGGAACCUCGUCUUCAUCAGCGUCCAGCCUCGAGAGUGAGAGCGAGGAAAGUGAAAGAAGCGCACGAAGCGCAAGAAGCGAGAAUGACCUCGAGUCUAUACCCAAGAGGUGGUCAGGAUACUGUGCCCCGCAGGUGGAUUUCUACGGACCAAUGGUGGGAAACCCUCCACCGGAGCCCUACACUCAGCCACAGGCUCCCCGUCAUGCUAAGGCGGUGGACCUGCCUGGGAUCCUGUACAGCCUCUCCAGAGAAGGCCCUUCAUUGGACAGCGACUACUCCCAGGACAGCGCAGAUGAUGCCAGCGACUGGACUUCUUCGCUCAUGAGUCGCAGCCGCAACCGUCAGCCCUUAGUGCUGGGCGACAACGUCUUUGCCGACCUCGUGGGCAACUGGCUGGACCUGCCCGAGGUGGAGAGGGAAGAGGGGGAAGAAGAGGAGAUGAGGAAGAGGAGAGAGGAGAGGAUAGCGGACGGAGGGGCGGACAGACCGGACACCCCGGCUCACCCUCUCCGCCUCAGCCGCUCGCAGGAGAUCUGCAGGAAGUUCUCGUUAACCACAAACAUCUUCAAGAAGUUCCUGCGCAGCGUCCGACCCGACCGGGACAAGCUGCUCAAGGAGAGGCCCGGCUGGAUGGCUCCCGAGCUGCAAGAGGGAGACCUCUUCAAAAGGCCAAAGAAAGUGGCUCCCAAAAGUUCAAAAGGCAGCUUCUACCUGCCCUUCUGGGCAAAUGGACAGCAGGGAAAAGGCCGGCCGUGUUCUCAUCUAGCUGAAGCAGAGAGGAACCACCAACACCACUUCCCCCUGGUCCACCAGCAGCCAUUUGCUGGGAUUUAUUUAGACAGGAGACAGCCAGAGACUGGUCUGGAGAAAAUGCAGCCCUUGUUUGACUACAACACAGCUGUGUGGGUCUGA